AUGAGCAGUAAGAGUUGUUUUUCCGCGCUCUGUCUGAGGUCACUUAUGUUUGUUCGGAAGAGCAAAUUCAAGCAUAUCAUCGGCAAACCCAACAAAAAAGAAUUCUGUUACGAUGAAAUUCGAAUCACAAAAAGCAGUUGGGAUUCUACUUUUUGUUCCGUAAAUCCAAAGUAUCUGGCAAUUAUCACAGAAGCUGCUGGUGGUGGGGCGUUCCUCGUUUUACCGAUCGAAAAGUAUGGUCGAGUGGGGCGGGACUCACCGCUGGUGGCUGGCCACCGGGCUGCUGUGCUCGAUAUCGAGUGGUGUCCGCACAACGAUGACCUAAUCGCUUCGGGCUCCGAAGACUGCACCGCCAAGGUCUGGCAGAUCCCCGAGGGUGGCCUUCAACCGGAAACCAACCUUACCACUCCAGUUGCUGAUCUGGUUGCUCAUCAACGUCGCGUCGGUGCAGACAACAUAAUUUUCAUCUGGAACGUUUCGACCGAGGAGAAACUGAUAACAAUCAACUUCCCCGAUAUGGUGCUUUCAGCUAGCUUCAACUGGAAUGGUUCCCGUCUCGUCACUACUUGCAAGGACCGUCACACCCGCAUAAUUGAUCCCCGAAAGGGUACCAUUUUGAAGGAGAAUAUCUGCCAUCAGGGAACGAAGCCACAACAAGCUAUCUACCUCAAAGAUGGUCGCAUCUUCACCACUGGUUUCUCACCCAUGAGUGAGCGUCAGUUCGCCUUGUGGGCUAAAGAUGACGUAUCAAAAAGACUGGUGGAACAGGAUCUCGACAUUAGCAAUGGUAUCAUGUUCCCCUUCUACGACCCAGACAGCAAUCUCAUCUUCCUCUGUGGCAAGGGAGACUCCUCAAUGCGUUACUUCGAAGUGACAGACGAUGACCCCUACGUCUUCUUUAUUGACACCAUGACCAGUUCCGAUCCACAGCGAGGCAUCGGUUGGAUGCCAAAGCGGGGUCUCAACGUGAACCAAAACGAGAUUGCACGCUUCUACAAAUUGCACGCACGCGGCUUCUGCGAAGUCAUCCCCUUCACAGUGCCAAGAAAGUCGGUCCUCUAUCAGGAUGAUCUCUACCCCGAUACUGUUGGCGACACACCCGCUCUCUCCGCUGAUGAGUGGAUGUCGGGCAAAGACGCGGAUCCCAUUUUGAUAUCGUUGAAGGACGGUUUUGUGAGUGGUGAAACGGACGGCAAGAAGAACGGCAAGCUGCCGUCAACGCGAUUGAAACUGACUGAGUCAAAGUUGAGCGGUGCCCACCACCAGCACCAGACGCCCCACAGCAACACCACUUCCGCAGCCACCGACUCCGUUCGACCCUCCCAUACCAGUUCCAAUGCUGUCUCCGCUAGCGGCGAGAUCGCCAAAUCGAGUGACUUCGGUGGAAUAAAUCUCGAAGAGGUGCGACAGUUGUUGGACGACAUGCGGAAGAUGAAGAUUAUCAUCAAGGGUCACGAGAGGCGAAUAAAGCAUCUAGAGGAACAGUUGAAGGGAGGCCAGUAG